AUGCAGAAACCGCGCCAGCGACACACACACCGGAAAGUGCAAGGAACGGCUCCUGCGGACGCCUCGGUUGACGCGUGUUCCAAGCGCGCGGAUGCGAGCGGCUGGUGGCCAGCGGCUUUUUGGAAAGGACCAGCUUCUUCGUUGGUGGUAUUGGGACUGGCAGUAUGUUGGAUGACAUGGACGUCGCUGGGGUCGCAUGGACAAAAUCCUGCCAGGAGCCAAGAAGCCGACGGCGAUGCGGUGAAGGUGCUGGAGACGGCCGAAGAUGCCCACGGACACCUCGUCGCUACAGUCUCCAAUCAGGAGUUGGGCGUGAACUUCCUGACUUUCGGGUCGAGCAUCAUUGGUGCACAGUACGAUCAAGCUGAGUUCAAGGACCAAGCUGCCUUUACUGGUUUUGCAGUGCAGGAGAGCAUCCUCUUCGUGAACCGCUCGCUGAGGCAUGUCUUGCAGCUUGGCCUGGGUGCUGGUGUCGUGGCCAGCUACUUGCGUUCCCACCGAAUACAGGUUGACGUCGUGGAGCUUUCUGAUGCCGUCCUCUACUUGGCAGAAAAGCACUUUGAAUUCAACUCCUGCUGCGAAGACGGGCAAGCUGCUCUCAGUGCUUGUGAUCCUGCGGGGCCUUCCGCUGCGGCCUGCCGAGCUCGCCAGGGCAGCUCCAAGCUUUCGGAGGCCCGGAGCUUCCUCGUUCGCCAGGAAGCCACCCCAAGGUACGACGUCGUGAUCAGCGAUGUGUUUAAUGGCUCCAACCCUGGGCACAUGCACUCAGUAGAAGUCUUCGCUCGACUCAAAGAUCACUGGCUGAUCCCCGGCGGGAUCUUGGUGCUGAAUUUUGUUGGUUUCCACCGCGGCCCUAGCAGCCAACUGAGCUUUGAUGUUGCCACUACUCUCCGCGCAGUGUUCCAGGUUGCGCGCUGCUAUCGGGAUCAGGGCCUGGAGGAGGAGCCGGACAUGGCCGCGAAUCUGGUAUGCUUUGCCUCGGAUGAUGACUUCCGCUUCAAUGUCCCUCAGAGUGGCGACUUCUCGAAUCCAAUCCCGUUGUCGAGCUUUUGGGUGAUGCAGGAGUUCCAGGCUUGGGAGGUCUUGAAGCCUCUGACCCGGACAGCGGGCCGCAUCAUUCAGGACUCCGACAACGAGCUGCUGCAUGCGGGCGCACAGUCUCAGAUCGAGCUGCAGCUGCGAGCUCAUGCGCGGAAUCUGAUUCCCGAACAUGUCUGGAAAGCCUUGGGGAUCGCGACCUGA